UUUCACUUUACAACUCAUAAAAUAUAAAUUCUCACUUGCAUUCAAUCAUGUCUCUCAAAGACUUAAAUGUUCUCAUCACAGGAGCCUCCAUGGGCAUCGGCGCCGCCAUCGCCAAGCGCCUCGCUGCUGAGUCCGCGAAUCUAUUCCUUUUCGCCCGUUCAGAAGACAAGCUGAACUCGAUUGCCCAGGAUCUCCGAUCCCAACACUCAGGCCUGAAAGUCUCCACUGCUGUUGUCGAUGUCCGCUCACACACUGCCCUCGCAACAGCAGUGUCUAACAUCGUCUCGUCCGCUGGCCCUAUCGACAUCCUUGUAAACAACGCAGGGUUGGCCCUUGGUGCUCCCAACGCGUUCCCGGAUCUUGAGAUCGAGGAUAUAAUCACGAUGACAGGCACUAAUAUCAACGGGUUCAUGUUCGCAACGUACGCGGUGCUCAAUGAAGGAAAGAUGAAAGAACGGGGCAAAGGAACGAUCUUGAAUGUCACAAGUACGACGGGGUUAGAGGUUCCGCCUUUCCCGGGUGAGGCGGUGUAUCAUGCGAGUAAAGCGUGUCAAGAGGCGUUCACCAACGUGCUGAGGACAGAACUCGUGGAAACGAACAUCAAGGUUCUCGCAUUAAGGCCAGGUGUUGUGGCAACGAACUUUCACGAGCAGAGGGUCGGGUAUGACAAGGGCAAGUACGAUGAUUUCAUGGAGGGCUUCGAGCCUUUGGUGACGGACGACAUUGCUGAGGCUGCGGCGUUCAUGUUGAGCCAGAAGGACAGGGUCAGCGUGAAAGCGCUCGAUGUUGUGCCGACUGCGCAACGAAGUCUCCAGGUCUUUGAUCGGGAGUGGAAUAGUCGGAACGGGAAAGAGUCGAGCUCGUGAACAUCGAACUGUGAACGAGGCUCUGUUAGGCUUGUACAAUUCCGCCGUUCGAGUGCUGUCGAGGCUUUGAUUGCUGAAUAAGUUCGGUAUUCCCUUCAAGGGCUUCUAUAACACAGCCACAUUUACUCAUUGUUUGGCAAUAACGACCGAGUCUCGUCAUAUGAUACUUCCUGUAAGCUUUCAAUAAUAUUGUGGCCAAACUCCUAAUUCCUGGAUAAUGGUUACCAGUAUCCUUUCAAAUGAUGCGCGUUCAGUAGGCG